AACUAUUGUCGUGCUAUCAUCGCUGUAACGAACCAAGAGACAACCAUUUACAAUCUGACGCUUAAUAUUUAUAGCAUAAAAAUAUUUAUAACAAAAACCGAAUAGAAAAGAUUGGAUAAAAUAAGUCACAAUCUCGAAUAUUACUUAAGUUUAAGGAGAAAAAUUUUAAACACCCGCGUCCACGAUGCAUAUAUUUAGUUUAAUGCGAAUCUUAAAACGAAUUUUAUGUUAUUGGUUACCAAUUUUUGUAGUUCUUCUUGUUGUUUUUAUCUCAAGCAUAUCAGUCUUAUUAGGAGCAAGUAAUGAGACGAAUACGAUAUUCAAUAUAGAAAAUGACAGUCAGACUUCUAAUAAGUCAUAUAAUGAUAUAAAUAAUAUAGAUAAUAUAGAUAAUAAAGAUACAAGUGAAGAAGAUGAAUCAUACGCUUUUGAUAACAAGAUGCCAGUUACUGCGAUAAUUCUAAUGUCUGCAUUGUUCAUAAUAUUAUGCAGCAUAGUAACUUGGCCAUGUGAGAUUCACCGUCGUUUUAGAAUAAUGGAUAUUCCGCAAAGAGUAAUGAAUGCCCUGCAUAGAGUAAGGAAUGUCCAGCCACUUCCCGUGCAGUAUGCAAACGGAAGAGCUAUUAUACCUGCAGAUGAUGUGCCACCGCAACAAAAUAGAGUAAUGAAUGCCCAGCCACUUCCCGUGCAGUAUGCAAACGGAAGAGCUAUUAUACCUGCAGAUGAUGUGCCACCGCAACAACCUCCAGAGAACUAAUUACAUAUACGUAUGUUAACAUUGAUGUUUUGCUGUUAAUUGUAAGAUUUACUUAUAUAUAACAUUGAUAAAAUUUCGUAAGUAUAUUAUUAAGCCCGAAUCUCGAUUUGUUCUGAUGCAUACGCGGUUAUACAAGUAAUUUUUAAGUUAGAGUUAGAAAAUAUUUUAAUAAUUGUAUAAUGAAAAAUUUCGAUCAGAAAACCAUACAGGUAAUUUAUUUACAUUUAAUUCUUAAAAACUUGAAAGCCGUAUUAACAAUUAUAAAUUUAAUAAUUAAACAUAUACACACACACAUAUACUUAUAAAAAAUUUGUAAAUAAUUUAAAUUAGCAUGUAAGUGUAAAUAGGGAAAAUCAAUUUCCAUAAAUAAUAUACUGACAUCUCUAUAUAAAAAAUAUUUUAUAUAUAUUAAUCUUUAGCAAUAAAAUUAUUUUAUUAUUUUACUCUACUAAAUUUGAUCAAAGGUUUUAACAAUAGUAACAUAGUAAUAGAAAUGGGUAAAAGAAACCAGGGCUGUAAUACAAAUGCGGAAAGAUUGAUUAAUUAACAAAUUUAUGUUAAACAAAUAAAAUAUAUAUAAAUAUACAAUUUGGUUAUUUCGGCGUGAGAUAUAAGAAGAAUUUUAAUCCUCUUGACCACUGAUUUUGAAUUUUUAAAUAAUUUUGUUUUUCUUGAAAAUUAUUGUU